AAAACAUUAAAAAUUCUCGCGAUCGUACCCUUCUGCUGCUGCUGCUGUCUGAGCAAAGAUGGACACGAACACAGAAGAACCGACGGAUGGACCGAGAGUAACAUAUAACGAUGCCCAAGUACAGGCAAUAUGUUCAUAUGUGAGAGAGAAUUACACUGAAUUAUUUCCAUGUAGUGACAAGCCAAAUACCAAAGGACGUGUUGCAGAGGCGUGGGACAGGGCAGCCACCACAUUGAUGAGUGGUGGUCUGCCCAUUUCUAAUGCCAAGAAGGCCCCUGGUGUGCACCUCCGUGACCUAUGGCACAAGAUGGUGUCGAGGGCCAAAAAGUACCGUGAUGACCGUUCACGUACAGGUGGUGGCCCUCGACCCAGGUUCCAUCAGCGCCAUGAAAUGGUCAUGGAGGUGCUACCUAAACCUGCAUGCAUGGGCUUUCUUGGCCAAGAGAGCGAAGGAGGGAAUUUAAUUGCCUUACUAACGAAUACGGAAGACUUUGAUAACAUGGAAGAGCAAUAUCAGACAACACGGCAGCAUCAACAACAGCAGCAGCGGCAGCAACAACAGCAACAACACCAGACACAGCAACAACAGCAACAACACCAGACAGGGCAACAACAGCAACAACACCAGACACAGCACCAGACCCAACAACAACACCAGUCACUCCAGACCCAGCAACAGCAAGUGCAACCUUUGAAUGAACACCAUCAACAAGAUCAACGGCAAAAACCACAGCAUUCUAACCUUCGACAAGUGCGAAAAAGGAAAGCAGAUUAUCAGUGGGAGUUGCUGGAGUGUGAAAAGGAAAAGCUAGGUGUAAUGAGGCAGAGACUAGAGGUUGAGAGAGAAAAAGUUCAAGUAUUGAAGCAAAUAUUUAACAAACUUAGUGGCAAUGUGUCAGAGAAUGAAUCAUAAUUCCAUAAACAAUUUUGAUAGAGUAAAGAAAGUAAUAACUAUAAAGACCAAUUUUGGAAUAGUUAGAACAAUCACGGUUUGAAUGAAAGUGAUUGG